AUGGCGGCAGCUCUGGCAGCGCGCAAAGCAGAGCAGGGGAAAGCGCAGCAGCAACAGGGAGGCGAGGAGGGGAAGGGGAAGGCGAAGGGAAAGGAGGAGGAGGAGGACGAUAAGGAUAUUAUCGAGGUGGAGAUUGUAACGAGGGACGGAGUGAUUAAGCGGCGGACUAAGCGGUCCGAGAUGGAGUGGGGAGGGUCAACCGGCGGCAAGAGCGCCAGACCCGGCGGAAUCGGCGGCGGAAUUGGCGGCGGGAUUGGUGGCGGAAUGAUGGGGAAUCCCGGGGUAGCCGGGGCGCGCGCGCGCGGCGCGUCGACUCUGUCGGUUUCCGGCGCGGAUUUCCUGGGAUUAGGGUUUCAGGAGGAGCGGGAGAAGCAGCAGGGGCGCGGGAAGGGGCCGCUGCCAGCUGGCCUGCAGGCUGACGUGGAUUUCGAUCCGUCCACGUCAGCUGGGAGUCUGCCACAAGUGGAGAUGAUAGUCGGGUCGCGAGGGAGAGGGUCGGGGGGGGGGAAGGAGGAGGAAGUUGAGUAUGGGGGUGGGCGCACCAUCAGGCCUGGGGAGGCGCUAGAGACAGAAGAAGAAAAGCGGGAGAGGGAGGAGAAGAGACGACACGAUGGUAUGGCGGAGGGUGCAGCAUCAGGCCGGGGGAAGCAGCCCGGAGAGGCGCUGGAGACAGAGGAGGAGAAGCGGGAGAGGGAGGAGAAGACACGACGGCUGCUGGAAGAAUACAACCGACGCAUGGGCUUUAAGAUGGACCCUGCUGUCAAGGCCGAGUGCGAGGAGGCGCUGAGGGAGGGAGCAGCGCUGAUGGAGAGAGGCAAGUUGAGGGAGGCACUGGAGCAGUUUGGCGUGGUGGUGGCCAAAACGACCUUCCAGAAUGAGAUGCACGGCCGGGCGGCUAUUCAGCAAGCUGUGUGCCUCGACUCCCUCGCCCGGUCGGACGAGGCCAAGGCAAUGUACGAGAGGCUGACAGGGCAUCCCAACGAAGGGGUCAAGAGGAAGGCCCGUCAGAUGCUCUUUGGGUUCCAGGCAGCAGAGAAUCUUCGCAUCGCAGGUGGCUCAGACUACGACUCAUCUUGGUACAAGAAAUACUUUGACGCGUUUGCAAAAGGGUCCAAGUAUAAUAACGUCUACAAGGCAACGCAGGAGGAUGAAGAGGAGAGCAAUAAGCAGUUGAUGCGAGAUGCGCUGUUGUAUGGGCUCUUGUUGCUCAUGCCUGUUGCGCUUAUCCUGGCAGUGGCAGCAUCAAGGAAUCCGGCCUUAUAG